AUGGAAGUCGUCGCGUUGCAAGAAACAAGAUGGACCGGGGAAGGUUCACUUAACGUGGGUUCAUAUGCGUUUCACUAUGGAGGGUCGGAGAUCCAUAGUUUUGGCGUCGGUUUCAUGAUUAAUAAGAAAAUUUUGUCUGCGGUAAAAAACGUUAAAUUUAUAAACGAAAGACUAGGAUUGCUCGUUGUGCAAGGCCGAUGGUACAAGAUCGCGAUAAUCAAUGGACACGCGCCGACGGAAGAUAAGGAUGACGAAAUUAAAGACGGAUUCUACGAGGAACUUGAACGCCUCGUGGACCAGUUGCCGAAUGAUUACAUGAAAAUAGUCUUGGGGGAUUUUAACGCGAAGAUCGGUAAAGAGGACUUUUUUAGACCAACGAUCGGGUUCGAAAGCUUGCACGAGGAAAGUAACGAUAACGGAGUAAGGGUGAUUAACUUUGCGACCGGCAAAAAUCUUAUCGUCAAAAGCACAUAUUUUAGACAUAAAAAUAUCCAUAAACAAACUUGGAUUUCCCCGGAUGGAAAUACGCGUAACCAAAUUGAUCAUGUUCUUGCAGAUAAACGGCGUCACACGAACGUACUCGAUGUUAGGUCUUAUAGGGGGGCGGAUUGCGACUCGGAUCACAGUUUGGUAAUUGCCAAAAUCAGAGAACGUCUUUCGUUAAACAAAACUAACGGGCAGUUAAUUGGUUCCAAACGUCUAAAUGUGCAAAGUCUUACCGAGGGAGAGAACGGGAUAAAAUACGCGGUCGAAGUAACGAAUAAAUUCGCGGCCUUAAAGGAAAUUAAUGAAUCGGAGGAUAAUGCGGUUGACAAACAAUGGGAAAACGUACGCGACGCGAUAGUAAAAUCGGCGGAAGCCACGGUUGGUUUUUGUAAAAGACGCAAAAGCAAGCCGUGGUUUGACGAAGAAUGCGUAAAAAUUGUUAAAGUACGAAACAAAGCGCGUAUCGCAUGGUUGACUCAUAAUACGGCUGAAACUCGGAAUCAGUUUCUUAAUAUUAGGCAAGCGGCUCAUAAUAUGUUUAAAAAUAAAAAGCGUCAAUACUUGAAACAUAAAAUUGAAGAAAUAGAUGAAAAUUGUCAAAGCAGUAACGUCCGCGGUAUGUACAUGGGAAUAAAUAAUUUUAGAAAGGGAUUCCAAGCUAGGACGGAAAUGGUAAAAGAUGAGAACGAUAAUUUAAUUACGGAUUCAACGGGAGUACUAAAUACUUGGAAAAAUUAUUUUGAUCAGUUAUUGAAUGUUGAAUCUGAAAGCGACCGGGAAAUAGAGAAUUUUGAGUUUCACACGGCGGAACCUUUGAUUAACGAACCGACAAUUUCAGAAGUAAAAAUCGCGAUUAAAAAAUUAAAAAAUCAUAAAGCACCGGGCAUCGACCUGAUUCCGGCGGAAUUAAUGAAAUGGGGAGGAAGUAGGUUAAUAGAGGAAAUUCAGAAAUUAAUUAUCUUAAUCUGGAAUAAAGAAGCAUUGCCGGAACAAUGGAAAGAUUCAAUUAUAAUUCCGAUUUUCAAAAAGGGCGACAAAAUGAGUUGUAAUAAUUAUCGGGGCAUCUCACUGUUACCUACUUGUUAUAAAAUUUUGUCGAAUAUUUUAUUGACGAGGCUUGUACCAUAUGUAGAGGAAAUAAGUGGGGAUCAUCAAUGCGGUUUUAGAAGAAAUAGAUCGACUACAGAUCAAAUCUUUACUAUUCAAAUCUUGGAGAAAAAAUGGGAAGUUGGUCAACCGGUACAUCAACUUUUUAUUGAUUUCAAAAAAGCGUAUGAUUCGAUUAAACGGGAGAAAAUGUUUGAAAUCUUAAUUCGGCUGGGGAUUCCUAAAAAAUUGGUUAGCAUGGUUCAAACCUGUUUAAAAGAUUCUAGAGGUAGAGUAAAAAUAGGUAAUCAAAUAUCGGAAACUUUUAACAUUCAUAGCGGAUUAAAGCAGGGGGAUGCAUUGUCACCUCUUUUGUUUAAUUUAGUAUUGGAAUAUGCUAUUAAAGAAAUGCAGAAAAGUGAAAAUGGUCUGCGGUUAAACGGUAUAACACAGCUAUUAACAUAUGCGGACGAUAUUGCUUUGCUUGGGGAUAAUAAAGUAACAUUAAUUGAUAACACUAAAACUUUAUUAGAUAAAACGAAAGAACUUGGGUUGCAAGUAAGCGCUGAAAAAACUAAAUAUAUGGUCACUGAUAGAAUCCAGGAUAUUCAUAAUUGCGAAAACUUGGUCAUUCGUGAUAAAAUGUUUGAGUGGGUCAGCAAUUUUAAGUAUUUGGGUUCGAUUUUAAACCAAACUAAUGAAAUAAGAGAAGAGCUUAAGAAAAGAAUUAAUUUGGGGAAUGCUUGCUUUUAUUCGGUUAAUAAAUUACUCGGUUCGCGAGUGUUGUCUAAGCGUUUAAAAAUUAGAAUUUACAGAACGAUUAUUUUACCGGUAGUCCUUUAUGGCAGCGAAACGUGGUCAUUUACGUUAAAAGACGAGAAGAAAUUUAGAGUAUUCGAAAAUAAAAUACUUCGAAAAAUCAUGGGUGCAAAGCGCGAUGAGGAGACGGGCGAAUGGAGAAAAAUACAUAACGUAGAAUUACAUCGAUUAUACAAUAGUCCAGAUAUAAUUAACGUUAUAAAAUCACGCCGAUUAAGAUGGGCAGGCCACGUGGCGCGUAUGAGUGAGGAUCGAACCGCAUAUAAAAUACUAAUGGGUAAACCUAAUGGGAAAAGACCAUUGGGUAGACCAAGACGUAGGUGGGAGGAUAAUAUUAGAAUGGAUCUUAACGAAAUGGGGUACGAGGGGCGCGAAUGGAAGGAUCUUGCUCAGGGACGGGAACAUUGGCGAGAUUUGGUAUUUGCGGCUAUGAACUUUCAAGUUCCGAACGCCAGUUAA